AUGGAGACGCCGCCUGUUCAGGCAGCUAAUGGUAGCGAACAUCCUAACCAAAUUCAGAAGAACCGAUUUCAUCGACCAUCACAGCGACAACCUCACGAACGGCAGGGACACAUACACUUCUCCGAACAACCUUCACUCCCACCUAACCUUGCGGAACCAGCCACUACCCUUCACACCACUCAGCUACCACAGGGAGCAGUCAAACCUCCACUAAUGUGUGCCGACGUCGCACUUUUCAACCCAGACGACGAAAGUAAGGAAACUCACGUCACAGCUCUACUGGACACAGGAGCUUCCCAAUCCUACAUCUCAAACGACCUGAUCGAACAACUCCAACUACGACCUUCGAACCCACAACGAAUCACAAUGUUCACGUUCGGAACGGAAGAACCAAUAUCAGUGGAAGCCACUAAUCACGAAAUCGGCAUCCGCUGCACGGACAACACCACACAUCUUCUCCACGUCCAAGCACUACCUGUGCUAACCAGGGAAAUCAAGUACGCAUCGAUCCUCAGAGAAAAUGAAGACAAUCAGCACCUCGUCAGAAAAUCGCCACGCCGAAGCUUCUCAUAG